AUGGUCGCCAAUUUGACAGGCGCACCUGGUCGAGACAUUGUUGAUGGCGCACUUCAGGUGCUGGAGAAUUUGGAUCACAGAGGAGCCCGCGGCUGUGAGAAGGACACAGGAGAUGGCGCUGGUAUUCUUUGUGGUAUUCCCGACCGCUUCAUGCGGCGGGUGGCGUCGGAGUUGUCAGUGGAGCUGCCUCCUCCGCGCCAGUAUGCAGUGGGCAAUGUAUUUUUGGACCAAAGCGAAGAAGGUACCCAAGAGGGAAAGCGCAUCUUUGAGCAGGUGUGUGCGUCCAUCUCCGGCCUCCGCUUGCUGACAUGGCGCCGAGUGCCGGUGGAAUCCGAGUGCCUGGGAAAGACGGCCAAGGAUCAUGAGCCAACCAUCGAGCAAGCCUUUAUUGCUGCGGAGGGUGCUCUGAAGACCGACCUGACCCGCUUUGAGGCUGCCUUGUUUGUGCUGCGGAAGAGAGCGGCAAACCUGGCGUCCCAGCAGCCGGGCCUGCCUUUCUAUGUGUGUUCCUUGUCUCCGCGCGUUAUCAACUACAAGGGUAUGCUGACAUGCCCAGGUUUGGUGCGCUACUUUGUGGACUUGCAGGAAGAUGAUUUCGAGUCCCACGUUGCGCUGGUCCAUAGCCGCUUUUCCACCAACACCUUCCCAGCUUGGAGACGGGCGCACCCCUUCCGGCACAUUUGCCACAAUGGUGAGAUCAACACUCUGAAAGGCAACGUGAACUUUGCGCGUGCCCGCGAGGGCCUGAUGAGCUCCGAGCUGCUCGGGGCGGAGCUGGAGCAGUGCUUCCCCCUGAUGGAGAUGGAUCAGACAGACAGCGGAAUCUUCGACAACUUUCUGGAGGUGCUUGCGAUUUCAGGGCGCAGUCUCCCAGAAGCCGUGGCCAUGAUGAUGCCCCCCGCGUGGGAGAAUGCAGAUAGGAUGGACGAGAAGAUUCGGGACUAUUACAAGUUUCAGGCUGCCAUCAUUGAGCCUUGGGAUGGGCCUGCUUUGGUUGCCUUCACCGACGGCGAUGGCGUCGGAGCAUCUCUGGACCGGAAUGGUUUGCGACCUUGCCGGUACUAUGUGACAAAGGACAAGAAGCUCAUCAUCUCCUCGGAGUGUGGUGUGCUGAAGAUGCCUCCAGACUCGAUUGUCGAGAAAGGCCGUCUCUCUCCUGGCAAGAUGCUUUGGGCGAACUUCAGCAAGGGGUGCUUGACGCAGGAUGCGGAGCUGAAGCAAAGCUUUGCCAAGCCCAACCCAUGGGGCGACUGGCUGAAGAGUGAAUCCAUGAGCAUGGAAGGCUUGUUGAAUGGGGCUCCCCAGCCGCCCGCCAUCAAGGAUGACGUGCGCGCUCCGCUGCUGAGAGGCUUUGGCUACACCCAGGAGUCGUUGGAGCUUUUGUUGCUGCCCAUGGGCAAGGACGGUGAGGAAGCACUUGGCAGCAUGGGUAACGAUACCCCCUUGGCGUGCCUCUCCGAGCAAAACCGCCCAGUCUUUGACUUCUUCUACCAGCUCUUUGCUCAGGUGACCAACCCUCCGAUCGAUCCGAUCCGUGAAUCAGUGGUGAUGUCACUAGGCUGCUGGAUUGGCCCGGAAGUCAACGUCCUGGGAGACCCUAGCCCGAAGCACUGCCAGCGGCUCUGGCUGGACAAGCCCUGCUUGCUGCCGGCGGAAAUGGCGGCGCUGAGCCGCACCAAGGAGCUCAAGGGCUGGCAAAUGCGCGCGGUGGAUGCUACCUUCCCCUCGCAUGAAGGUGCUACCGGCCUGGAGCGGCACCUGAAGCGUGUGGCUCAGGAGGCCACCUGGGCCGCCAAGAAUGGCUAUCAGCUCAUCACGCUGUCUGACAGGUCUGCGGGUGAGAAGCAGGUCCCGCUGCCGUCCCUCAUGGUUUGUGGAGCCGUGCAUCAAGCGCUGGUGGGCCAAAAGCUGCGCACAAAGGUGGCCCUCAUCGUGGAGAGCGGAGAGCCUUAUGAGGUAGCACAUCAUGCA